AUGCACGCGCCGAUGCUGGUCGCGUUCGCAGGGGGCGCCUGCCCCGCCACCGCCGCCUCCUCGCCGUCGCCCUGGCUGGCCUCGCCGCGGGCCGCUAUCCUCGCCGCGCCGGCGAGGCUCCUACGGUCCCGCCGCGGGGCACUUCGGCUGGAAGCCAAGGCCGCGUGGAGAGCUGCCGGAGGGGGACGGGGCCCGCGGGUCCCGGCCAAGGGCGCUGUGCUCGCCUCCUAUAUGGGCGCCGAGGAGGUGGUGGGACCCUCGUCGCUGCUCGACGAGGAAGAGCUCAUUUCACACAUCAGAAAGGAACUGGAUAAUGGAAAACUUCCUGCAGAUGUUGCCAGUAACCUGGAGGAGCUGUAUUAUAAUUACAGGAAUGCUGUCCUGCAAAAUGGAGAUCCUAAUGCAUAUGAGAUCAUGCUUUCAAAUAUGACGGCUUUGUUUGAUCGUGUUCUACUGGAUGUACAGAAUCCAUUUACCUUUCCACCUUAUCACAAAGCUGUGCGGGAACCGUUUGACUAUUACGUGUUUGGUCAGAACUACAUUAGGCCUCUGGUAGAUUUCAGGAACUCCUAUGUUGGCAACAUUUCCGUUUUCCAUGACAUGGAAGAUAAGCUCCACCAGGGCCACAAUGUUGUUUUGAUGUCUAACCAUCAGUCAGAAGCAGAUCCAGCAAUUAUCUCCUUGCUUCUUGAAAAAACCAAUCCAUGGAUUAGUGAAAACAUAGUUUAUGUUGCUGGCGAUAGGGUUGUUACCGAUCCACUUUGCAAGCCAUUUAGCAUGGGAAGAAAUCUCAUUUGCGUGUACUCGAAAAAGCAUAUGGAUGAUUUUCCUGAGCUAAUUGAGAUGAAGAGGAGAUCAAAUACUCGAAGUCUCAAGGAAAUGGCCUUGCUUUUACGUGGUGGUUCACAGUUAUUUUGGAUUGCACCGAGUGGUGGUAGAGACCGCCCAAAUCCUUCAACAGGAGAAUGGUACCCGGCGCCAUUCGAUUCAUCUGCAGUGGACAAUAUGAGGAGGCUUCUGGAGCAUGCUGGCGUUCCUGGGCACAUAUAUCCACUAUCAUUGCUGUGCUAUGAGGUUAUGCCUCCACCACAACAGGUUGAGAAAGAGAUUGGUGAGCAGAGGGUGAUAUCGUUCCAUGGAGUAGGCUUGUCAGUAACUGAAGAAAUAAAAUAUGGGGAUAUUACUGCUCAUACCAAGAAUGCUGAUGAGGGAAGGGAGCUAUUCACAAAUACUUUGUACAACUCAGUUGUUAAUCAAUACAAUGUGCUCAAAUCUGCUAUCUUUAGAGAUCGUGGAGCAGCUGUAUCAAACAAUCAAAGCGUCAUGUGCGUUCUCCCCCCUCCCCGCGUCCCUCCCAACGCCUCUCCUCCCAACCCAAUGCCGGAGCCUUGUCUAGGCCUGGCGGCCACCACCUCCACCAGCCCCACGUCGUUUCCUACUCCAGGUCCGACGGACACCUCCACGGCAUCGGGAGAAAGUUUCUUCACUGUGCCUCCUGAAGUUCAUACCUGUGCCACUGUUGGGCGCUCCAAGGCUCAACGGUGGUGUGAGGGCACGCCAUCCUCCGACGGCUCCUGCGGCAGCCCGCUGCCGACCUUCAAGGAUGCGCUCCUCUCGGGCGGAACCUCGGCCACGGUCUUGACGGAGUCUGGCGGUGCUGCUCGCCAGGUGACCUCGACCGUGCCCUUGAAGGGUGCUUGCCCACCUGUCUGUUACAGCCGCGUCGGCCUGACGCUGACGGCUUCCUGGCAGUGGAAGGACGGCGAGCGCGGAAGGAACGUCGGCGUCUUCAACGCCGCCCCCGUCGACCGGUCCCUGCGGACCUCCGAGGAAGGUGCUUCAACUGUUUUUCCGUGUCGCACAGGGGUGCUGGCUGCCGUUCGAGCCCGCGUUGCUUUGUCUGCCGCGCUUCCGGACACCGUUCUUACGUUUGUCCGCGCCGGCGGGUCGCAGUGGUGGCCAUGCCCAAGCCAACGUUUAUCUGGCGCCCGAUCUCUUCGGCUGCGCCAGCCGCUCCUCCAGCGACCUCGGCUUCCUACCCUGACGAGACCGCUGGGGAGCAGGGCUGGGGGCGGCGGCGGCGGCGGCGCACGACGCCGUUCUGCAGACAACAAUGCCGGUCAGGCUCCUCCCUCCCCUUCUCGCCCCACUAAUGACGGGGAGGAGGGAUCCGGCGAGGCCCUUCAGCCGAGUGAUGACGAUCGCCCUGUGACUGACGAUGACCCCCGACCCCUGAAGCUGCGGCGUGUCAUAGAUCGGUCUGUGAGCAUCAUCCGGAGGGAGGAGCUCGGCCGCGCUCCGGUCGUUUCCGUGGUCACCGAGCAAGAAGAUCUGUCGGGCCCCAUCGCUCGGCAGUUCGAGAUGGAGGAGGCUCUGUUGACUCUACGCCGCUACGGGCCCUCGAGCUUCCUCCCAUCCCGGCGCACGCCUGGGAGGUGUCAACGACGGAGCAGCUCCUGGAUGAAUUUUGCUGGGUCAGUGAUUCACAUCCGGACAAUGCCACCCACCGGGAUGUCUCCCGAGUUGCGGCCUGGUGUUCUUGCCCUGGACGCAUUCCAGCGAGAUGGAUCUCGAGAUCAUUGA